CCGCAUUCGUCUGCCCAAGCAGAUAUAUUAGACAGCGGCUAUGAGCUAUCGCGAGCGUGAUGACCGCCGGGGCGGCACCUCGUCCAGCAGAUACGGCGGCGACCGCAGUCGAGACCGCUCUCGUGACCGACCACGUGAGCGAGACUCCUACCGGCGUGAUGGGCGGGAUGGCGGACGUGACAGAUCUCGAGACCGUGGACGUUCGGACAGGGACGCACCACGCCGCAGUGAGCCCAUUAGCAACCGAGACCGUGAGCGGGACGGAGACUCGACAGCUGGAACCUCAGAGCAAGAAGAGAGUCAACCCAAGGCGACGGGAGCUUGGGACCCUGCGAAGGAGGCACUAGCCGACCCCACGUGGGCUAGAAUCUACAUCUCGAACCUGCCCACGGACAUCACGAGCGAUGAGCUUCAAGAAAUGUUCGGCGCUAUCGGUGUCGUCGCCCGUGAGAAGCAGAAGCGUGGGUACAAGGACCAGUGGCCGUUUAAGAUCAAGAUUUACACGGACGCUGACGGCCAGCCUAAGGGCGACGCCGUGCUUACGUACGAGGACUCGAACGCAGCCCGCACGGCGCCAGAAUUCUUCAAUGGAGCGGAUAUCCGCGGCAAGACCAUCAAGGUGGAGCUCGCCGGUAAGCCAGAACCUCCCGUAGGAGGCUGGCACGGCGGAGGUGGUGGAGGAGGUGGUCGUCGUGGCGGCUUCGGUGGACGCUAUGGAGGAGGCGAUAGAUAUGGUGGUGGCCGAGGUGGCGGGUACAGUCGAUACGGAGGAGGCGGAGACCGUGAUUUCCGAGACCGACCUGACCGCCGUUCACGCCCAUACUGAAUGCAGCAGCUCGCCGUGUCCAUUAGUGCUUCUAGUGUAGCAGUCUCCAUGAGCAGGUGAUGUCCAAGCAGUAAAAGGUGUCAAGCAUAUAGAUAUCAUCCACAUAGACCCACUGCGUAGUGAGUGUUUCAUGGCUUGAUGGACGUCAUGGUCUCAGAUCAGCAUUCGAUUGGUGAAAAUGUUAAAUUUUAGCCAAUCAAUCAUCAAGACUUCAACUCAGUUCUCUUCCGCAUCCGAGAUCAAUC